AUCAAUUUUGCAUCGGUUUGGGCGUGUGCCGUACAGAAUGUUUUGUGAUCGGGGAUAAUUUUUGCUUUUUGAUAUUAAUUUUGAACGUUUUUCGGGAAAAACUUAAUCCCAAACGAUGCAGCUUGUGUUAUUACCUGUGCUGCUGAUGUCAUUCAGUGGUUUGUGCUACGGCCAGCACAAUUUCAACAAUGUGGAGCUGGGAACCGAGCUAAUUUGGUGCGCCACUAGCGAAGUCGAGUUGUACAAAUGUCGCAACCUAACGGUGGCCCUCGAACGCGAUCAUGGACUGUUCGACAACUACUUCCUGAACGUGUCCUGCCACUUUGGCUUCGAUCAGGAUGAGUGCAUGCGGCUUAUAGACGAAGGUAAAGCUCACGCAAUGAUGCUUGAUGCGGGCGAGGUCUAUACUGCUGGUCGUCACCAUUCGUUGGUUCCGAUCAUGCAGGAAGGAUACGACGGAGGAUUUACGCAAUACCACGCUGUUGCGGUGAUCAAGAAGGACAGUUUGAGAGAAGUUACCAGUUUAAGGCAUCUUAAGGGUAAGAAGGCGUGUUUUUCGUGGGUUGGCAGUUAUGCGGGUUGGAUUGUUCCUAUCUAUACGUUGCAACGUGAAGGCGGAAUGGAAAUAACGGAUUGUAACAACCAUGUUAAGACGGCGACUGAUUAUUUCGGGCCAUCUUGUGCCGUUAACGCGCUGGUGGACAAAUACAACCCGAUAGGAGAUAAUUCUGAUAAAUUGUGCUCCCUCUGCACUGGUAAGGUCCCCGGUGGCAAAUGUACGCCUUCCGAUCCGUAUGCAGGCUUCGAAGGUGCUUUCCAGUGUUUGUUGGAAGCAGGAGACGUUGCGUUUCUAAAACACACCACAGUGAAUGAAAUGGUUGAAAGUGGUCUAGUACAUGGAGUCACCGCAGAUCAAUUCGAACUGCUGUGCAAGGAUGGCUCGAGGCAACCCGUUUCGGAAUACCGGCAAUGUCAUUGGGGUUUGGCACAGUCUCAUGCGAUGGUCGUAUCCUCGGCCAGGAGUACUGCUGAAAGGCGUCGCUACAAAAAGUUCUUCACUCAAGUAGUGAAUUUAUAUUCAUCAAAGACCAAGCGAUCGAAUAGCACUUUGAGUAGCCUGGAUGAUCGGUAUCGUAACCAGAAUGAUCGUUACAAUUCUAACAAUCGAUAUGAUGCUGGUCGUGCAGAUGAUCGCUUUAACCGUUUUACAACGACCACCACUGAACGGUACAGCUAUGGUGGAUUCAAUGACGAACGCAGUUUCAACGAACAGAACGAAACACAAUUUUACGAGAAGUUUGACUUGUUUGAAUCGAGGAGAUAUGGCAAACAGCUAAAUCUUAUGUUCCAAGAUACAGCACGCUACCUUGCACCGAUCGAGGAGAAUAAUCAAAAUUUCCAAAAUUAUUUGGGCAGCGGCUUGGACUACAUUUACGGAGUGCGAUCGUGCCCUGUUAGCCGGAUGACACUGUGCGUUACUUCGGAAGCAGAGAUGGAAAAGUGCAUCAAGAUGCGGACUGCUUUGAAAGCCCAACUCAUCAAACCGGAGAUGCAAUGCUUCAAAGCCCACUCGCACGUGGACUGCAUGCGCCAUGUGAACUCGGGCCAAGCCGACGUCAUUGUGCUGGAUGCCAGUGACGUCUACACCGGAGGGUUGAAGUACGACCUGUUGCCGUUCAUGUCGGAAGUGUAUGACCUCGGUCAGCCGGAAUAUUACGUCGUGGCCGUAGCGAAGGAAGACGAUCCGGACACGGAAUUGACGUAUUUGAAGAACAAGUACACGUGCCAUUCAGGUAUAAAUACUGCCGCCGGGUGGAUCUAUCCCAUGGCCUAUCUCAUUUCGAACGGAUGGAUCCGCCCUUACGGAUGUGACAGCAUUCGAGCAGCUGCCGAAUAUUUCGCGAAAUCGUGCGUCCCUGGCGCAAUUAGCAACGAGUACAAUUCCGGAGUGCCUUACGAUAAUCUAUGUGAUCUGUGUCAUGGAAGCAGCUUCCGCUACUGCAGACGAGACGCAUCUGAAGAUUAUUACGGCAACACUGGGGCGUUCCGUUGUUUGGUAGAAGGAGGAGGACACGUAGCAUUUGUACGCCAUACAACGGUUGUGGAAAAUACGGGUGGUAAAAAGCGCGAAUGGUGGGCCAGAAACACACUUCCCGACGACUUCGAAUUGCUGUGUCCGGAUGGUACACGAGCGGAAGUGAAUGAGUACAAAAAGUGUAAUCUAGGAAAAGUAAAAGCCAAUGCCAUAGUGACCAGAGGGGGCCACAGUUAUAACGCAACCCAGUUGAAUGCCUUCAUCAAUCUUUUCACCUAUGCUCAACAGUUCUACGGACGAAGGGAUGCUAAUGAAUUUAGUUUUAGCUUGUUCUACUCGAAUCCGCCCUACCAUGAUCUAAUAUUCUCGGAUGCCACAAGAGAGCUGCGUCUCAUUCCGGGCGAUAGGCGCUGGUUUGAUGCCUAUCUGGGGGCAGACUUCAUGAGAGCCAGACGUAUCACCGACUGUCAUGCAGGUGCGAGCUAUUUGAAAUUGAGUAUUUUGAAUGUGGCCUUGCUAAUAAUAGCACUAGUUUACAAAAUAAUACUGUAGAUAGUUUAAUAUAUUCGAAAGAAAAGUAUCGAAACGACAUUCCGUCCUUAGGAUUAAUAAUGUACAAACGUGAAUAACACCAACCGUCCUAGAUUUGUUCAUAUUAGGUUACUAAACAUUUUUUACACUACGCAUGUUGCAUUUUAUUAGAUCUUAGUGUGGAACACACUAACGCAUUUUAUCUAAAUUGUUAUCUGCAGCGCAAAACUGAAUCUCCUGGAAGUUAGGAAUGCAAUGACAAAACAUACUCGAUUCCAGAGUGAGGAUACAUUUAUAAUAAAGUAAAACGAAAUUUAUUCUUGCUACGUAGUAAUAAACAUUAAAUGAUAUUUUAUAAAA